GGGAUUGCCUCUUCCUCCUCCUCCCCUCCAAGAGAACGAUGGACUUUGAUGAUUCUUCUUCCUCCUCCUCGUCAUGCGACCUCUCGACCAUAUGCUCCACGUCGACCUCGGGCCUGUCGCCGAAGCGGAAAGCGGGGCGGAGGAAGUUCCGGGAGACGCGACACCCGAUGUACCACGGGGUGAGGGAGCGCAACGGCGGCCGGUGGGUGUGCGAGGUGCGCGAGCCCCAGAGGAAGGGCCGCAUCUGGCUGGGGACGUUCCCGACGCCGGAGAUGGCCGCCAGGGCGCACGACGUGGCCGCCAUCGCCCUCCGGGGCAGCUCGGCCCAGCUCAACUUCCCCGACUCAGCCUGGGCGCUGCCCCGAGCGAAGUCGACCGCCCCGGAUGACGUCCGCCGUGCCGCCGCAGAGGCUGCCGAGAUGAUCCCCCCUUCGAAUUCAUCACCACCGUCGUCGACUGCGCCACCAGCCGGGCAAUCAACAGCCGCUGGGAUUACUCCUCCGGGGAGGGAUGGGGUGGAGGCUGGCGCACCGCCGCCGGCUCCGGUGUUGGUGGACGAGGAGGCGUUGUUCAGCAUGCCGGGGUUGCUGGAGGACAUGGAGAGGGGAUUGCUGGUGACGCCACCAUCGAUGGGCGCACCGCCGGCGGCUCCGGUGUUGGUGGACGAGGAGGCGCUGUUCAACAUGCCGGGGUUGCUGGAGGACAUGGCGAGGGGAUUGCUGGUGACGCCACCAUCGAUGCUCGAAGGCUUCGAUGGGGAUGGUGUGGACGAGUGUCUCAUGGACCUGUCGCUGUGGUAGUGCGCGUGUGACCAAACCAGUAGUGUCUUUGGUAGUCAGUCAGAUUCAGACUCGGUAGUAUCCAUCCAUAUAAGAGAGAAGUCUCAUUAGAUAGGGGUGGCAAUGCCGAUGCCAUGUCCUAAAAGUCCCGUUGGUCGCCGUGCAUGGGGAUGACGACGUGGAAAACAGACCUCAAUAAUACAGUAGUCUUGUGGUAAGGGAGACUAGUCUUUUAGUGUAUUUUCUAGAUGUUUAAGGUACAUUAAAAUGUUACUUGUGAUC